GUGCUCUGUCCUGAAGUCCCUACGCCAGUACGUCACAGAAAUAAAAUUGAGAAACUUUAGUCUGUGGGGUUUGAGGAGAUCUCUCUUGGAGCUGGAGAGGAGAGGUCCGCCGUCUCUCUCUCCUCCGGCAGCCACCGGGCUUCUCUGCAUCCUCCCGCCGCUUCAUCAUGGAUCUGGGGACUAAAAAAAGAGUCGCUGGGAUUAUUAUCGCUCAGGUCGCCCUGGUUCUCUCCAGCUCAUACGGGACAACCGGAGAAGAGGUGUGUGAUAGCCCGCUGGUAUCCAAUCUGCCGCCAUCGUCCUUCAGGAGCUCCUCCCAGCUGUCCAGCAGCCACGCGCCGGGAUUCGCCAAACUCAACAGGAGAGAAGGAGCUGGAGGUUGGUCCCCUCUCACCUCAGACAGGUAUCAGUGGUUGGAGGUCGACCUGGGCGAGCGGACAAAGAUCACAGCUGUCGCAACCCAGGGGCGAUACGGCAGCUCUGAUUGGCUGUCGUCGUACCUGCUGAUGUUCAGCGACACGGGACACAACUGGAAACAGUACAGACAGGAGGACAGUUUAGGGUCUUUUCCAGGUAACAGUAAUGCAGACAGUGUGGUUCAGUACAAACUGCAGCAGCCGGCGAUCGCUCGCUUCCUCCGACUCAUUCCUCUGGACUGGAACCCCAGCGGGCGGAUCGGACUCAGGCUGGAGACUUACGGAUGUCCUUAUACCUCUGAUAUGGUGAGUUUUGACAGUGGCAGCAGUGGCCUGGUGUACAGGUUCAGUCCCGGCCCGAGGAAAACGUUCAGAGAAGUCGUCUCACUGAAGUUUAAAACCCUGAAGAAUGCUGGGAUGCUGCUCCACGCAGAGGGACGAGAAGGCCUCAGCCUCAGUCUGGAGUUAGAGAGAGGAAAGCUACAGCUGCUGCUCAGACAAGGUGGGACUUCAUCCUUUGAGCCCCGGCGCCUUGCCUCGCUGGGCAGCCUGUUAGAUGAUCAGUAUUGGCAUCAUGUAGUACUGGAGAGACACAGCUCUCACCUCAACCUCACUGUGGACAAACACAUGGAGAGGGUUCAAAUCCCUGCAGAGUUCAACCACUGGGACAUCGAACAGCUGAGUGUAGGGGGAGUCCAGAGCCUCACUUCUCAGAAACCAUUCAUCUCAAAGAGGACCUUCCACGGCUGCCUGGAAAACCUGCUCUUCAACAACCUCAACCUAAUAGAACGAGCUAAACACAACGACCACCAAGUUACACUUAUGGGCAACGUGACCUUUUCUUGUGCUGAGCCAGUUUCCGUCGCAGUGACGUUCCCCGGCCCCCAGAGCUUCCUCCAGUUGCCGGGUGCGACGGCAUCCUCUUCAGGGGACGUGUCUGUUGGAUUACAAUUCAGGACGUGGAACAAGGCGGGGCUUCUGCUCACCUUUGACCUCCCUCAGCAAGGGGGAGUGGUAUGGCUGUACCUGAGUGAAGCCAUGCUCCGGCUACAGAUCCACAAGGCUGGCAGGGCACUGCUGGAGCUAAGUGCAGGUUCUGCUCUGAAUGAUGGUCAGUGGCAUUCAGUGGAGCUGAACUCCAGAGAAGGACGUCUGACCAUCGCUGUGGAUAAAGAGGAAGGAGGCUCCGCUCACGCCAGCCCCUCGUUUCCUGUCGCCGUUGAAAGUCACCUCUUCUUUGGUGGUUGUCCUGCUGUAGACGACAGUCAGGAAUGCAGAAACCCUUUUAACGUCUUCCAGGGCUGCAUGCGUCUCUUAACUGUGGACAACAGAAACGUGGACCUGAUCAUGGUGCAGCAAAAGCAGCUGGGAAACUACAGCAACCUGCAGAUUGACAUGUGUGGAAUUAUCGACAGGUGUUCUCCCAGUCGUUGUGAACAUGGCGGCCUCUGCAGUCAGUCCUGGACCGUCUUCCACUGUAACUGCUCUGACAGUGGCUACAGCGGAGCCACCUGCCACAGCUCUGUGUAUGAACAGUCCUGUGAAGCGUACAAACACAACGGCAACUCCUCGGGACAUUUUUACAUCGACGUGGACGGCAGCGGACCAAUCAAACCACAGCUGGUCUACUGCAACAUGACAGAGGAGAACACGUGGAUGGUGAUCCAGCACAACAACACAGACCUGACCAGAGUCCGACCGUCUCCUGGUGUGAACCAGCAUUCAGUUCACUUUGACUACUCGACUAAAGAGGAGCAGCUGUUGGCUGCUAUUAGCCAAUCAGAUCACUGUGAACAGGAACUGUCCUACCACUGCAGGAAGUCCCGCCUCCUCAACACUCCAGAGGGGUCUCCGUUCAGCUGGUGGCUCGGUGGUCCCGGCUCCGGUCGGGUCCAGACUUACUGGGGCGGAGCUCAACCAGGAAGUCAGCAGUGUGCCUGCGGGCUGCAGGGCGACUGUGUGGACCCACAACACUACUGCAACUGUGACGCUGACCGCAUGGAGUGGGCUGAAGACUCAGGCCUGCUUAUCCACAGGGAGAGCCUCCCAGUCAGGACUCUGGUGCUGGGUGACAUCCAGAGGCCAGGGUCAGAGGCCGCCUACAGGGUGGGACCGCUCCGUUGUCAUGGAGACAAGAACUUCUGGAACGCUGCAUUUUUCGACAAGGAAACAUCGUACCUCCACUUUCCCACCUUCCACGGGGAGCUGAGCGCGGACAUCUCCUUCCUGUUCAAAACCACGGCCUCCUCUGGUGUCUUCCUGGAAAACCUGGGCAUCAAAGACUUCAUCCGCAUCGAACUGAGCUCCUCCACUCUGGUGCUCUUCUCCUUCGAUGUGGGUAACGGCCCGCUGGAGGUUCGCGUGGAGUCGAGCGUCCCACUCAACGACAACCGGUGGCAUCGAGUCCGAGCCGAGCGCAACGUCAAGGAGGCGUCACUUCGAUUGGACGAGCUUCCUGCCGCCACGCAGCAGGCUCCUGCUGACGGACACUUCCACCUGCAGCUCAACAGCCAGCUGUUCAUAGGAGGCACAGCGUCCAGGCAGAAGGGCUUUCGGGGCUGUAUUCGCUCUCUGCAGCUGAACGGCGUCACCCUUGACCUGGAGGAGAGGGCGAAGAUCACGCCCGGGGUUCGACCCGGCUGCCCGGGUCACUGCAGCAGCUACGGCUCGCUCUGCCAGAACCAGGGCCGCUGUGUGGAGAGGGUCAACGGCUUCCACUGUGACUGUGGCCUGUCAGCCAACACCGGAGUCUUCUGCCAUACAGAGGUGUCAGCCACCUUCAAGUCAGGCACGUCUGUCAGCUACACCUUCAAGGAGCCGUACGAGUUAAUCAGGAACAGCAGCGCCCUGCCGUCCUCCAUCUACUCUGACAUGACGCUGAGAGGAGAGAACGUCUCUCUGAGCUUCAGGACGAGCCAGAGUCCGGCUCUGCUGCUCUACGUCACCUCCUACUACAGAGAGUACCUGGCCCUGCUCAUCAACAAGCACGAUAAGCUGGAGGUGCGGUACAAGCUGGACAGCAGCAGAGAAGCUGAAGUGUUGAGGAGCAGAGUGAGGAGUCUGGCCAACGGACAACUUCACACUGUGACCAUCAGGAGACUGACGGACUCCGUCUCUGUGCAGGUCGACCAAAAUGUCAGAGAGGACUUCAACCUGACAUCAGACGGAGAAUUCAAUGCCAUCAAGUCACUGGUGUUGGGCAGGGUGCACGAGUCGGAAGAGUUGGAUCCAGACCUGGCCAGGUUGGCGUCUCUGGGUUUUACCGGCUGUCUGUCAGUGGUCCACUUUAACUCCAUCAGCCCUCUGAAAGCUGCUCUGCUCCAUCCAGACACCAGCCCCGUCGUCAUCACUGGACCUUUAGUGCAGUCCAACUGUGGCUCCUCGGCUUCAGCCAAUCCCUACGCAGCAGAGGACACGCACCACCUGUCAGACCAGUCUGGUUCAGUGGGUUCAGGUCAACCUUUAGUCAAUGCCAUCAGGACUGACUCGGCUCUGAUUGGAGGUGUGAUAGCGGUGGUGAUCUUCGUGGUUGUGACUGUCCUGGCCAUAACUGCCAGAUUCCUCUACCGGAGAAAAGAGACGUAUAGAAAUCAGGAAGUGAAGGGAGUCAAACAGGACGACAGCCAAGAUUUUCCUUUCAACAACCAAACGACUGAUUCCCAAAAUGUCUCCAGCGAAAGCCGAAAGGAGUAUUUCAUUUAACUAAAGGCCUGGUGAACUGGGGGACUUUUUGGAGCUGAGGGUGCAGACCGGGAGUGUCCUGCCACGCCUCAGGACUUCACACUGCACUCAGAGACACUUGAGACUUCACUGGUGGAAGUGGCUCUUCUUUAUAUGGAAAGCAAAAACGAACAAUACACAGUGUUGUCUUUGUUUUGCUUUUCUCUACAUUGUGAAUACUGAUACAAACAGGAAACAGUGUCGGACUUUAAGGUGUUGAUAUCGUCGUUUCAUGUGUAAACAUUCAAAAAUGUAAAUGCUGAUUCAAGUCUUUGUAACAACCUCUGGCUAACGUCACUUUGUCAUAUUGAAAUGUUGAAUAGUAGAGGUAUCAGUAUUUUUAUGGUGUAUCAGUACAUAAAAUGUGAAGCUACACCCUCUUGUGGUUGAGUUUCUCCUGGAGAGAUGGGAAUAUGUAGAGACGGAGGCAAACUCCCAAUUAACAGAUAGCUGCUUUAUUUCUCCUGGAAGGUUUUGCCCCAACCUUUACAUGGUCUCUAACUUCCAGUAAGGUUUUUCUUUUCUUUAUAGAAUCCUUAAUAUUUCAGUCGAGAUCGAGUUGGUGACAUGCGAGGUUACAGGAGCAGCAAACACUCCCUGAGCAGCAGCUUUGUCAUAACAGAGAAGCAACUGGUGUAUUUGUUUACAGUGCAGCCAAACAACCUCAUAUUGUAGGUAAAAGGGCGGGAAGAGUCUGACACCAAUGGAAAAUACAUGAAUGUGAAUACACUGAAAGGCUAUUGCUCGAAACAGUAGCAAAAAAUGAGUUUGAUGUAAUGAAAAUCUUAUAUAAAUGUAAGCCCCGCCCUCUCAGAGCCACCGUCAUGGCUGCAGACACUUACACUAUUGUUAUACUUUCUGCCUCCAUGAGUACACGAGGGUCUGUGUUAUGUGAAUUUCAUCAUGGGAGGGUGUACAUCAGUGUAGCGACCAAUUUGUUAUGUUUGCACAGACAUAAAUCACUAUGCAAGGGUAGAAAACCAACAUGCACGCUGUUUGAAGAGAAGCUGUGUGAAGAGAUCGGCUGCUACCUUCAUCUCUAUAAGUCAUCUUUAAAAUAAUAAGUACAGCAGAUAAAUUAGCUCUUCUUGCAUGGAUGUCGCCAUUUUGACUGAUUACGUACUCCGGGCAAGUGCACUACGAAACAAACUAUAUGUAAAUGAAAACAACUAUGCCUCUGUGGGGUCCACAGCUGUCCGCGUGCACAAAUCAGUACAACUGAGAUAUUAGUUUCAGUCGUGAUGUUUCACUUUUGAAAACACAACAUUACUGUUAUUUACCUUUUAAAAAAGGGCAGAGUGGAUUCAGUUGACCAGAAGUAAAUAAACACGCCAAGCAGCUACAAUAUACAUUUUAAAACUUAGCUUGAAGCGGUCAGCAGAAAGCUGUAACAUCAGUUAAUUAACCUUUACCCCUGUAGUUACACAAAACACUGCAAAAGGUUUCAUUAAAACUGCAGAUCUCUGAAUAACGGCGGACAAAAGUGAAUCAAAAGUUGCCUCACUUAUGUAAUGUAGCCUGAGGAAUGCUUUCUGAAAAUUUCCAUAUGAAGAAUUCAAGUUGCUUCUCUCGCAGAAACUCUACCACCGGAGUGAGACUUCUCACCGUCCCAUGGUUCAAGUGAUUCGAACAACUUUGUUCUAGUAAACUUUGGUUCCUAGUCUGUAUUUUGGAUUAAUUUAUAAGGAGUUUUGUAUGUGUAUGACUGAAAGUUCCCUGCAAUGACAGUUGGAGAAAUCUGAGCCAUAAUCAGGGUAGAGGUGGGCUGACAGGGGCCCUCAGGUUGUGGCAGAUAAAGAUCAUCUCCUCUAAAGAUGGAGACACAGCAUAGGCAGGAAACCUCAUCACACUCACGAAUCCUGAUCAUUUUUAGACUUCUACCAUAUGCGGUUUGUUCAAAAGCCAUUACAUUCACUUCCCUUUCACAUUCUACCCCCACUUCAGUUUUGUCCUCCCUGCUGCAUGCCGCCUGCUGGGAGCUUCCUCCCCCAGCUCUCUGAACAGUGAAGCUUUUAACAGCAACAGCAGCGCAGGCUCUGUAACACUGUGGCUGUCUGUCACCUCGUUCACUGCACGCAGAGACAGUUAAUGUGUUUUUGAAAUGCUAAUCUGCUUCGGUCUGACAGGUGGAUUGUAACGCGAUAGAAAGCAGUAAGAUGAUCAGAAUGAGACCGCGAGAUAAUCCAAGAGACAGAGUGUCAGGCAGACAUGGAUGUAAUGAAAACACAUUCUGAUAUUAACACUGAAAAUGAAGCAAAUCCCUCCAUGUGAUAAUUCAGCUCAUGUGUAAAGAGUGCUGCUGAUGGAGGGAAGCCAAGAAGCAGAAAGAGCAUCGACAGCAGCUGUUUAUCAAACAUACACCACCGUCUCUCUGCGAGACCCCAAAGCACAGAUGGGAUUUUAAUGACAAAAGUUGCUAAAACUUCAAAGUGCAUCUUAUUUAUUUUUUCACCCCACAACAAGGAGUUGAUGCGGGCAUUGUUUUCAGCUGUUUCUCUGUCCCUGAUUUUAUAAAGUGCUCACCACCGCUGUGCAUCAAUUCUGCAUUAGCAGCUCACUCCAACUCACACUGAUGAGUAAAACCAAAGUAAUAACCUUGCUGAUUUCUGCCCUUCAGAAAGAGGUAAUGUAACAAACCCAACUAAUUUGAAAUGACUAAUUAUUUUCAUCUUUGUCAUCUGCUGACAAAACAAACGUUUUAAAAGCAUGUGUGGGUGUCAUGUCAGUCCGUCCACCACUUGGGUCCACACUGAAAUAACCACUGUGUGAGAGAUUUUUAGACAUUUUUCGUGCCCAGACUGAAUCCUAAAGAAUUUGGUGAUCCCCUGAUUUUGCCUCUAGUCUCAACUUGAGCUUGACAUUUGUUUUUUAAUGAAAUAUAGAAAAACUGUUUGAUUGAUUGCUUUAAAAUUCAUGGUCCCCAGAGAAUAAAUUGCAAUAACUUCACUUCAUUUUCAUCUUUGUUCGAUACUUAGUUCUUCAGUUAUUUGGUCACAAACCAAACGCUCCCAUCUGCCUCAGCUGUAGCUACUUUGUGUUUAGUGCUAAUAAGCAAAUUUAGCAUGCUAACCCUAAUCUGGUAGAGAAGAUGAACAACAUUAAACAUUACAAAAUUAACCUCAGCAUGUUAGCAUUUUCAUGGUGAGCAUGUUAGCAUGCUGAUGUGAGCAUUGAGCUACUCUUUAAGCUUCACUUCCUGUGUCUACACGGGUGGCGUAGCACGAGCAGCACGUUAGCAGAGCAGCAGUAACUGCAGUUCUCAGUCAGUUUACACGCGAUGCUUUCAGGGACCGUAUUGAAUGUAGGUCACCCCUCUUUUGGCUGCUCUGAGUCCAACGCUUGGGGGUUGCACGAGUUAAACGCGAUCCUUUACGUGGCUGUGUCCGUCUCAGAUGUAUUGAUUAUCUGAGACAGACGACAGGAAACUCACCCAGCUUUGUUGUUCUCCAGUUCUGUCAUGAUGGUUUUGCUUUUGAAAAAAUCCUUCAAAAAAGGCAAGAACACAAUAAAGUGCACCUGAUCAUACCAAUAUGGCAAUCAGAAAACAGACUCGAAUUGUCAGCGGAUAAUAACUGAGGUAAAGAUUCUGUCAAACCAUAAUGAGUGGAGAGAACAACAGUGUCUUCAUGUUGUAUUUGGCUGCAUAGGUGCAUCUGUACACUGUUCAAUUUGAAAUUUCAAAAAUCAAGAUUUUUCUGAUGGUUUGAUUUCUUGUUGGUGAUCAGUGUAGCUAUAAUAAUAAUGAUUUGAUGGUACAUAUUAUUGGUGAGUGAUGUAAGUGAGUCUGAGUGACAUGCCAUUAUACAAAAAAAUAAAUAAAUAAAAAUACCCAGAAGAUUUUAACCAUGUUCUGGUCGUUUGGUUACAGAGAAAAUCCUGUUUGAUGAAAAUAAAGUUGUUUUUUCAGAGAACGAGUAUGAUUUUCAAUGAA